GAAAACUAACCAAUCAGAUGGGACCUCUCCAACUCGCCGGUCUUGCCCAGGCACGAGCAUUUCGGACCACGUGCUACCGCAAAAAGCAAUGACUUACCGGGAUAAUUCAAUCAGUAGGAGACGGCAAAGGUGCAAAAUAGGACUAAGUCCUCACGUGGGCUCCUGAGCAGAUACCGAUUAAUUUUUUUUUUUUUAAAAAAACUGAUGUUUCACGCCAUGGAGUGUUCCAGUCCAAAACGCAAGCGGCCAGCAAAGAGGAAAAGAAGUGACUGCCAUUUUGACGAACAGGCUAAAAAGUACAGAAACAUGACCGAUCUUCAAAACCGAGAUUUGACCGUUAAGGAGACAUGGGAGGAGGACAGCGGUUUCUCUGAGUGCAGCCCUCCGACGAGCGGCCGGAGCUCGCCGUGCCCGACUUCUUCCGCCUCUGCCGCCCUAGUGGUGGCCCUGGACUGUGAGAUGGUGGGCACCGGACCGGGCGGGAGCUGCAGCGAGUUGGCCCGCUGCAGCAUUCUGGAUUACCACGGCAAUGUCAUUUACGACCGUUACGUGCAACCGUGUAACCCCGUUACAGACUACAGAACUCGUUGGAGCGGCAUCCGGCCACAUCAUUUGCUCAACGCGACGACGUAUGCGCAGGCUAGAAACGAUAUUCUUGCAAUUCUCAAAGGCAAGGUGGUAGUGGGACACUCGAUUUCCAAUGAUUUCCGUGCUCUGCGCAUCCCCCAUCCACGUCACAUGGUUCGAGACACGGGGGCGACACACCUCCUGCGUCGCUUAGCCGGAUUUCCGCCCCAGCGUCGCGUUUCGUUAAAGACGCUAGUGGGCAAGCUCCUCAACAGGCACAUCCAGGUGGGGAAAAUGGGCCACUGCUCUGUGGAGGACGCGUUGGCUGCGUUGGACCUUUACAAGCUGGUCGAAGGCGAGUGGGAGUGGCAGCUGCAGAGCCCGCUGAUGGACGACAACUACACGGCACAGUACAUGCAAGACGAGUACUGGCCGGAAAGAGAUGAUGAUGAUGAUGAUGAUGAUGACGAAGACGCCAAGAGGCCCGACACGUUCUAACUUAUUCCCCGAGUGUUCAUAGUUCUGGGCUUGUUGUUUUUUUUUUUUUGUUUUUUUUUUUGCUGCUGUCUUUAAGCGUCUCCCAUUCAAAGGCGCAGGUGAAAUUCUAAUUAAAUUGUACCGCAGAUUUUUGUUUUUGAGUGCACACCGACUGGUGGGGUUUCAAAAAUGAUGGAAAUCUUUGUUGGUUACCUCUCCAGAGAAUUCAAUAAAAUUCAUCAGAAACUUA